CUUAGACAGAUAGAUAGGAUUUUGGGUGAAGGCCCUGAGAGUUAUCGUUUAACUAUUUUGUUCUGCCCAAAGUAGAGCAAACCGUCAAACUCUCUCACCUCAAAACAAAGUGUGAAGAUAACUAGUAUCAAGGAACAUAAUGGAAGCUGCUAAUAAACUAUCGACUAUUGCUAAAACAUUUAAGCCUUCACCAAUUCAAGAACUAUCUCAUCUAGCCCAGUCUUGCAAUGCUAUCAACUUAGCUGAAGGCUUCCCAGAUUUCCCAGCACCUCUUCAUCUCAAAAACGCAGCCAUUUCAGCCAUUCAUUCUGAUUUCAACCAAUACAGGCAUGUUCAAGGAGUAUGUGACUACCUGGCAAAGAUAGUGAAUGAGAAGCAUAAUUUAGAUGUCAACCCACAAACUGAUAUAGCUAUUUGUUGUGGCCAGACUGAGGCGUUUGCAGCAGCUGUAUUUGCAAUAAUAGACAAAGAUGAUGAAGUUAUACUGUUUGAUCCUUGUUUUGAAACAUAUGAAGCAUGUAUUACCAUGGCUGGAGGGGUUCCUGUAUAUGUGGCUCUUGACCCACCCCACUGGACAUUGAAUCCGGAAACACUUAAGAGAUCUUUUACUGAGAAAACAAAAGCUAUAGUCUUGAACAGUCCUCAUAAUCCAACUGGCAAAGUUUUCACCAAAGUUGAACUUGAGGUUAUUGCUGGAGAAUGUUGCAGUAGGGAUUGCCUUGCUAUAACAGAUGAAGUUUAUGAGUAUGUUACAUUCGACAAUAACAAACAUACAUCUCUUGCUUCACUUUCUGGAAUGAAAGACCGGACUAUCAUCACAUCUUCCUUGUCCAAAUCCUUUAGUGUAACAGGUUGGAGGGUUGGAUGGGCUAUAGCCCCACCUUUGAUUGCCUCAGCAAUUAAAAAUAUUCAUGUCAAAAUCACAGAUUCCGCUCCAGCACCAUUCCAAGAGGCUGCCUUGACUGCUUUAACAACCCCAUCAGAAUACUUUGAAUUGCUGCAAAAAGAUUAUGAGUCCAAAAGAGAUUACAUGGUCAAGUUGCUUGAAGGGGUUGGUUUUCAGAUUGCAUUUAAGCCUCAAGGCUCUUUCUUCUUAUUUGCAGAGCUUCCUGAAGAUUCCCCAUUUACUGAUAUGGAAUUUGUAAAGAAGAUGAUAGAGAAGGUAGGAGUGGUGGCUGUGCCAGGGUGUGGAUUUUUUCACGCUAACAUGUAUUUGGAGAAGCUUUGUGAGGUGGAUUAUAGGUACCAGAAUAGAUACAUAAGGUUUGCUUUUUGUAAGAGUGAUCAAACUUUGGCCUCUGCUGCACAAAGACUUGGAUCCAUAAAAUUUUGAAUUAUGUGCAUGGUUUUAUCAUGACAGUGUUAGACAUUUAUAUGAAACAUAUAUGAUCAUGUAUGAAAUGCGGAAUAAAUUGAACAUAUAUGCAUUAAAAGAUUGAAAUACCUCCAA